AAAAAAAAUAAAAAAUUUAGAAUGUACUAUUUGCAGAAAUAUGUAUAAAAAUUUUGUAAUAUAAUUGUUAUACAAUGUGUUAUGUAAUUUAAUUUUUUAUGUACGCAAGUGUACAUAUUAUUAUUUUUUUUUUUCCAGUAUAAAUUUGGAAUUAUUACUCGGUACGUGCGUGUACGAUCAAAUCGAAUGGGUACGAUGGUGUUGUACAAAGAACUGGAGGCCUAUCAUCAAUGGUCGAAAGACAUCGGUUGUCGUUCAUUUCUCGCAGGCGCGUUAUGCGUAGGUGUUAUCGCGGAUGGACAAAUAGGAAAAUUGACGUUCGAGUCGCCGUUAUUUCUGUUGGUUCGACAAAGAAGUACGAGCACUACUGGGAAAAUGUGAACGUAUGGACAGCCGCUGUUGUCUGUACGACCCGACUCGGUAUUCAGUGUCGUCAGUUCGAUCCGGUCAGUGGGCCAUUCAGCAUGAACAACGAGCGCAAGGAUGAAGGAUCCGUUUACUCGGUCGGAAGUCAAAAUCAUUUGGUAUCGAUAAGAUCCAAGCAAACGUACUUCAAGAAACGGUUUCAACUCUCCAUCCUGUUGGUGAUAAUCCUGUGUCUCCUAGUGUUUGUCUUGUUUAUAACAGUCCUGGUACUCGCAAUACUUUAUGCGCAUAGCGGCAUGAUGAAAAUAUGCGAUAACGAAGAUUGCGUGCGAAUAGCGGCUAGUUUGAAGGAAUCUAUGGACACCUCUGUAGAUCCUUGCGAUGAUUUUUAUCAAUAUGCAUGCGGCAGAUGGCCGCAAGAGCAUCCCAUACCGGAUUCCAGUUUGACGAAUUCCUGGUUUAGUGAACGUAGCGAUCGCAUGUCCAGGAAAAUCAGGGAUCUGCUAAAGGUCAAUAUGUCCACCGGUGAGGUGCCCUGGGCGGUAAUGCAAGCCAAAACGCUGUUCACCAGCUGCAUGGACGUGCGUACGAUAAAUGAGCUCGAUUUGUCUCCAUUGUUUAAUCUGUUGAAGUUACUGAAUUUACCUUUAAUACCCGCGGCUUUCACUAAUGAAACAACUAAUUAUGUCGAGCAAAUGGCUAGGGUGAAGAGAAUUCUGGGGUUGGACAUUUUCUUUGGCUUGAAAAUCAUGUCUGAUCCGAGAAAUAACAGCAACAACGUAAUUUAUUUCGACACUCCGGAUCACACUAGUCCUUUUCCUAGUGAUAAAGAAUUGGAAAAACGGCUGCAUAUUAUCAGAUCGCGAUUGCGAAAGUUGGAAGAUCAAGAUGAUGAAUUUAUAUUCACCGACAACGAGGAUGCUGAAUUAAUUUACAUGAGCGAUGUUGUCAAGCAAGUUAUCAGUAAUAGCACUGUUAAUGAUUGCACUUCGGAAGAUGAAUUAAAAGUGUCGGUGGAGAAAUUAAAGGAAUUUAUCGGAACGCUUUAUGAAAUUAGUAAUUCGAUUUACCACAUGGUUCAUGCAAAUAUAAAUUACACUCUUUCCGAAGAAGAUUUGAGCGACAAAGAUUACAUGUUGGUGGACGAUCUCCAAAAAUUAACGGACGAAUAUAUCAUGGAGAUAAAUUCAUCUCUUACACCUCAACCGAUUUGGCGAUCUUUUGUUGAGUCACUUUUCGAGGGGAUUGUCACGUUGGAUCUCGAUAACAAAGAUAAAGUUCUUGUCGGCAAUCUAGAUUAUUUGAAAGAUGCAGCAUUAAUUCUCGCUGUUUUCGAGGAAGAAGCUCUAGAAAGUUACGUUUGGUGGACCGUCGUAGAUACCGUAGUGCCUCACUCUUCCGAGAAGCUUAGGAAUAUUUGGACCACGUACAUAAAUAAAUUAAUGGAAGUGGAGAUAAAGGAAUCCAAAUCUUUGCACUGCGCGUCAACUGUCAAUAAAUUAAUGGGAAUGGCGGUAUCAUGGUUGUUCGUAGAUCCGACAUUCCAUAGUAAUAAAGGUCGUAAAGUUAUGGAGAUGUUGGAAGAUAUAAAAGAGGCAUUCGCUUCGCUUGUCGUUAAAAUGGAUUGGAUGGAUCAAUCGACGAAAAUAGCAACGCUUGAAAAGAACCGAAAAAUGCGUUCCGGAAUCGGAUUUCCCGAAUGGCUUUUCGAUGAAAAGCAGCUCGACGAGUAUUACGAAGGCAUAGAUUUGUCUAAGACGAAGUAUCUGGAUAACAUGAUUCAAAUCAUUCGAUUACAAUGGAACUCUACAUGGGCGAGCCUGCGCGAUUAUAAUUUGAAGAAUGAAUCAUACUGGGCGACCGAUCCUAUUGAUGUAAAUGCGUUCCAUACCUUUCAAAAUAAUUAUAUAACUGUACCUAUCGGAAUUCUGCAAUUUCCAUUCUAUGAAUUGGGUCUCGAAGCUUUGAAUUAUGGCGCCAUCGGUUCGGUACUUGGACAUGAAUUAACUCAUGGAUUCGACAAUAGCGGCCGACAUUAUGACAGCGACGGAAAUUUUCGAGAAUGGUGGACCAACAAGACCAUCUCGGAGUAUACUAAAAGAACCCAAUGCUUCAUAAAUCACUACAAUACUUAUUACGAGAACGAGAUCAAUGCUCACAUCGAUGGUGAACUGACCUUGGACGAAAACAUUGCUGAUAAUGGAGGUGUUCGCGAGGCUUUCGUCGCUUAUGGGAUAUGGAAGGCACGGCACGGUCAAGAACCUUUACUUCCGGGAUUUACACAGCUCACUCACGAGCAGUUACUCUUUCUCGCCUUUGCACAUGUAUGGUGUGAAUCUUACACUGCCACAUCAUUAAAGUGGAUGCUGGAGGACUCUCACAGUCCUGCCCAUGUAAGGCUUCAAGCGGUAUUGAAAAAUUCCAAAGAAUUUAGCGCUGCUUGGAAGUGUCCCGUAGGAUCGAAUAUGAAUCCGUCGAAGAAAUGUCAUCUAUGGUAGCGGAAGCAACUUUGGCGUACAAAAGGUAGCUUUGGUGAGCUUCGCUAUUUAAUUAUUGUUGAUCAAUCAAAUAUUUAUCAUUCAAAAAUACAAAGUUAGUAAAGCUCACGUGCAAAACACAUGUGCCAGAGAGAAAGACAAGAGGAAAAAGAAUAUAUGGCUAUUUUCAGAGUAUUAAUUUAAACAAUUAAUUUUAAAUUUCAAUAAUUAAUUUAAUCAAAUCAAAUAAUGAUAUGCAUAUUUUUAUUUGAAAUGAUAAUAUGAUAGUCAAUUCGAUUCAGUAAUACUCUGUAAUAUAUAAUGCUAGCGAUUAAGCAAAAAAGAUAUGUUAAUCAGAUUAAUAUAAUAGAUAUUGUCAAUAAACUUGUACAAUUUAGACUAAAUUAUAAUGCAAUUUUUUAUAGUGUGGAUAGAAAUUUUUGUACGCUAUUUAGAUUAGCAAUGAGAAAAUUGAUAUUGACGUUUGCACGUGAGCCGCAAUUGCUUUAAUUAUUGUUAUUUUAUUUUGUUGUCUAAAUUUUUGUAAAGAUUUGUUUUUGCGAAAACUUGCAUAUAAUCUUGUACAAUGAUGUGCUAGAGAUGUUUCAUAUUGUAAUCGAAUUAAUGAGUGGUCCAAUGUUUAUAAUAAAAGAAUUUUAUUUACUUAAAAAAA